AUGGCAAUGAGCGAUGCCUGGUACAAGCUGCUUGGUGGUGGACAGUAUCCAUCCGAGAGUGAUGAGGAUGCCCCAGUCCCUCCUGCCCUUCCAGUUCCAUUCUGUCGAUGUGAACCGGGCUAUCAGGUGGCAGUAGUGAAGCAAUCGAGGCAUCCCAAGACGGCCGGUAGAGCAUUCUACAUAUGCAAGUGGAAUGAUUCAUUGAAUCCUUGCCACAGUUUUUUCUUUCAGUGGAUCAAUGGUCCGGAUAAGUUCGAUCCUAGAAUUUGGCUGUUCCCUUAUUAUCAGUCAGAGUCGUGGGCGUACAAUGAGUUUAGACAAUGGGUCCCUCCCCCACCAAAUCCACCACCUAUGACAGAGGAAGAGAAGCAAGAAGCUGCUAUAUAUCGUGUGAACAAUCCUCCCAAAUGUCACUGCGGUGUUCGUGCCAAACUUCAAAGGCCUAAUAUUGGUGUCCCUCCAAAGUUCACUCCCUUUUUUAGAUGCUCGCUAAAGACUAGAGAUGGAUGGUCGGCAUGUGAAUUCAAUGAGUAUAUUUAUGGUCCUAGAUCUCAUUGGCCGACAGAAAAGGAAGUGCGAGAAUUUGAGAGUGGGAAGAAGCCAUGGCCAUGUACAACUACUCCUAGUCUUCGAUGCAAGUGUGGUAUUCUGCCCACAAAAGGCGUAGUUCCUUCUGAGCUUGGCUACGGAUAUUACUGUGGCAAUAGCUACGGAGAGUAUUGGGAGGGAAGGACAUGUGAUUGGGAGUGGUUCCGAGGCCAGUAUGAGCUAAUGUUGCAAUUGGGCAGAACAAAAGAGCCUUGGAAAUCUAGAGACACUAUAAAUAGAAAACUGAAGAUAAGGAGGAGGAGAUGGAGAGGCAGAGGUUAA